GCACGCACGCCGUGCCCGUUGCCGUUGCCGUUGCCGUUGGGCGGCGCUUGCUUGCCGGCCUGGACACACUGGAGACAGGCCGCAGCGGGCGGCACAUGGGCUCCGUUCCAAAGCGCAUCCCCUUUCCCCCCUGCCUCCCUCCACUCCCGAUGCGCUGAAUGUGAGUCAGUGACACCCGCCGCGCCGCCGCCCUCGCAGCUGCCGAUCCGGUCCCCGGUCCGCCGAGAAACCCUCGCCGGAUCACGCGCCAAUAAUGCCCCGUCACGCCCACCACGACCCGGCCCCGCCCGCCUGCUGCUCCUGCUGCUGCGGAUGCGCGGGCGCGGCGCCGUGCUACUACUACCCGCCGCCCGCGCCCGCGCCGGCCCCGCCCAGCUCCGCCGCGUCCGACCAACUCCUCCACGCCAUCGCCGCCCACCUCCUCCUCAGCUCCCCAGCGCCCGCUCAGCCGCAGCCACAGCCGCAACCCCAGCCGCCGCCGCCGCCGCCUCCCGUCGCGCAACACGCCACGAAUCCCUAUCCCUAUCCUUAUCCGCACCCCCAGCAGUACCAGUACCAGUAUCAGCAGCAGGAGGCCAAGCCCCAUGCCUACACCCAUCCACCGCCGCCGCCGCCGCAGCAGCUGCAGCCCAAUCCAUCCGGCGACCACAGCCACCUCCUGCUCCACUCGCUCCUGCGUCGGGUGGCCGCGAUCGAGUCCGCCCUGCCCCGCUGCUUCCCCGCCCCUCCUCCCGCGCGCCGACCGCCCCACCUGAACUCUCGCCCGCGCCGCGCGGCCCGCUUCCAGGAGGAGGAGCAAGAGGUGGAGGAGGAAGACGAGUCGGAACCGGAAUCACCGCCCUCGCUUACGCCGUCGCGGCCACGGCGGCGACCGGCGCGCACGGGGCCGCCGCCCUCCGCGGCGAGUGACCGCGCGGCGCGGACGAUCCAGGCCCACUUCCGCCGCUUCCUGGCGCGGCGCUCCCGGACGCUGCGCCAUCUCAAGGAGCUCGCUGUGCUCCGGUCCAAGGCCGCGGCGAUCCGGGGGUCGCUCUCCGGCCGCCACGGGGGCGCCGACCCCGCUGCCGUCUCCGAGGCGGCCAUGGGCCUCCUCCUCCGGCUCGACGCUAUCCAGGGAGGGGACCCGAUGAUCCGGGAGGGCAAGCGGGCGGUGAGUCGGGAGCUCACCCGGAUCUUGGAGUUCGUUGACAAGGUGCUGAUCAAAGAACACGAGCAGAUGGUGAUGGCCGACGAGUACCAUCACGGCUGCAAUGCUGCAUUGGGGGCACGUCGCCCGUCUGUGAGCAAGAAGGUGAGUUUCUCCGGUAAUGGUCAGGUUCACACGCUCAAUGAAAAGACAGAGAAUGGAAAUGAGGUUGGUGAGGGCUCUGAAGGCUCCAGCUCUGCUGAGUCUGAUGAGGUGAAGCCUAGCAAGAGAAGUGCCUAUGGUAAGCCUGGGCUUGCUGCACCAAUGCCCGUGCACAUGGAGUCGAGGCCGGUUGCUGGUGAAAGGAGAUAAUUUGUCAUCAGCAUCAUGUGAUGCCAUUUCAGGUUUUUAAUCUUGUGUUUGUCAUCUCGCUGCUACAUUUCCACUGAUGUUUCAUGAGGGACAAUUUUUUUCUCAAAUUGUAGAGUAUGUACAACUGUGGAUUCUAGAACUAGGGCAGUUGUAUGCUCAGAGGACCUCUCUGUUAAUUGCAUUUUGUUGCAGGAUUGUACUACUGUACUAGUACCAGUUUUAGAACUGAGAGUUGUAGCUUGGAUCAUUUGGUUCAACUGAAAUGUUUAGGAUCUUGGAUAAUAAUAUGUUUCUUGUUAGCCAUGCUCAUUAUGAUCGC